GCCUCCAAACCAGUGUGGUACCGGUCGCAUCCCAGCGCUAUCUUUGCUGGGCCAGUUCGCUGAUGUUGUGAUGCAGUAUGUGAUGUGAUCUGAUCUCAUUAAUUUCCAAAUUUGGCAACCACUUCCCAUACCGAACCAACAAGGUGAUCGUUACCUCUUAGCUUAGCAAACAAUCAAUCAAUCAAUCAAUCUGACACGAUGGAACACCUGAUGCUGAUAUCUCAAACUUCCUACUUCUCUCAUCCUGGCAUGGGCAACGUCUACCGACAUGACGACAAGAAGCACCAUCCCUUCGCCAAUAAUAACAACAACACCGUGAGUAACAAGGAGUCCUUCACACAGCCAUUAACAGGUGCGAAUGCCAUUGUUGUUAUCAACAACCACAACAAGCAACACAACAACCACAACCAUACCCAUGAUAAUACCACCAGUGGAUCCGAUGUUGCCAGCAAACAACAACUCGCCCUUCGGCGAUCCGUCACUGCCACCAACACGGAGGAGGACCAUGGUACCCCCAGCGUCCCAUUGACUCCAACACCCACAUUUGAUAGCGCCGCCAGUAUCAAGGAAACCCGGCCUGCCUUUGUGGUGCUACCGAAGGAUGUGGCCGAUGAUUUGGUGACCAAGACACGGAAACGCGUCGAACACACACUUCUCAAAUCGGGCUUUCUCGCGUCGGCAUCCUCCGAGUUUGCCAUGAGAAAGACCCCACGCUACAAUGAAGAACAAGUCAUUCGUGGAGACUUGCUCGGACAAGGAGGCUUUGCGUCCGUCUAUGCCGUCGACAUUGUUGCCAACAGCAGUAACAACAACAACAACCAGUACGUGGUCAAACACUUGAAUUCCAAACUCUACGACAGCAGCAGCAGCAGCAGCAACAACAACCGCAAACUCCACUUGGGCGCCAAGGACAUUUGCCUGGAGACACGCAUCUUGGCAACUCUGAAUCACCCAAACAUUAUCUCGUUGGAGGGGAUCUCAUCCGGUGGACUACAGAACUUUGCCACAACGCAACGGACCGAUUCCUACUUUAUGGUAUUGCCACGAUUGUCUUGUACAUUGUCGGACAAGAUUUCCGCUUGGAAACGACAACGUCUCUACGAUCAACAACAACAACAACAACAAACACCAACAUCAAUUCGUCGUCGCUGGUGGCGGAAACUGGAUGCAUCCUCCUUGACGCCACAAGAGCAACAGGACGUCCAAUUCUUGUGCGAACGAUUGCAAAUCGUCAUGGAUCUCUGCAAGGCACUCGAGUACCUUCAUGAACGAAGAAUCAUGCAUCGAGACAUUAAGCCUCCCAAUAUUGGCUUUGACAAAGACGGUUGUCUCAAACUUUUUGACUUUGGAUUGGCCAAGGAAAUGCCACUUCCGGAAUCCAACAACGCCGCCAACAGUAAUUCCUUUCUCGGCAGUUUUGCUCCACGAACUCCCGCCGGUGCAUGCUUGGGAAACACGGGCACCACCCGGUACAUGGCGCCCGAAAUCAUCCGCAAAGAACCAUACACCACCAAAGUCGAUGUCUAUGCCGCCAGCAUUGUCUGCUGGGAAGUCAUGACACUCCUCAAACCCUACGGAAGCGAUACCAGUGGACAAUUCGUCAAGGAAUGCGUCGCUCUCUACGAUGAUCGGCCCACCAUUCCCUCUGGUAGUCGCCUCGUCACAACCAAUAGCAAUAACAACAAGCUCACUGCGUGGCCCAAGGCACUCAAAAAGUUGAUCCAACAAGGAUGGAUCAAGGAUCAAUCGUCUCGAUUGACCGCCGGGGAAAUGAAGCAAGGAUUGAAACUAAUCAUUGACAAGAAAAAGAGACUCUUGUCCGACAUGGAAGCAGCAACAACAACCACAACUGAAGCAGAUGUCUCUGUGUCUUCUCCUCCACCACCACAGGAGCUCCCACAGCAAGACCAAGAGCACUCGUUCUCUGUAGAGAAUGAAAUUCUGCUGUAGAGCAUUUUUAAGAAUGGCUCUCCCAGCCAGUGCUGCAGCAGUGUUUUCUAAAACGUGAACCUAAUAGUGUAAACUAACUAUGAUUUCCUCU